CUUUUCUCUCCUUUUUCAGUUUUUAUUUUCCUCCCCCAUUAAUCUGAUUCUUUCACAUUUCUCAUAUUUUUCAAAACCUUUCUCUUAAAGCUCAUUGAAACCCUAGUCUAUACCGAUCCAUCGCCUGAAAUCUUAAUUCAGAAAUGCUUCAAUUGGUUUCAAUUUCACGUAUCUGAAGGUCAGCGCCCGGUGUUCGCUAGGCUUUCUAAAAUUCCACAACCCCCCUCUCAUGCCCUGCCUUAUAUUUGGUUGUGGACUCACCCACCCUUUUCCCUCCUUGCUGCUCUGUUAUUCUCUCGCCGCCUUCUCUCUGUAACCUUCUUGUUAAUCGAGCUUUGUUCUUCGAUACAAACCCAUCGCUUCCGUUAAGAUUCGUCGACAUUGAAGAAAUAUUGGGUUCGAAGGUUUACUGCUCACCAUUUCUAGUUUUCCUUUCUUGCUGAACUUUGGAGGAGUCGUGGGCAAGGUUUUGAUCAUUUUGGCUCGAUUGGAUUGUCGGGCUAGGAAUAAAACAGGGCCUUUGAUCUCACUUUAGGGUUUCCGUUUCAAUUAUUCAUCUUCCUAUGAUCAUUUUCGUGGCGUUCCAGAAGAAUAGUGGGACGCUGCUCCAAUAGGGUUAGGGUUCGGAGAUUAGCGGGUUCAUCGAUAUUGUUGAAUUAGAAGUUUGAUGCUAGACGUAGCAAGAUUAACCUCCACAUAAUAUCUCUUGACGUUCAUUUGAUUUUCCUUGUUGAAACAUCACGUCUAAGCUUUUGCAGGGUCUGGUUCUGAUCAUCUCCUUCUGUAGAGACCCCACCAACAUUUGAUACUAUUAAUCACGCACGGGUUAGCUACGGGUUAGUAUUGCAUGGGCGAUCAUGGUGGCUGGGCACAGCCAAGUGGCCUCUUGUCAAAUGAAACGGCAUCCAUGACUCGAUUACUUGACCCGGAGAGAUGGUCUAAAGCUGAAGAGAGAACUGCAGAGCUGAUUGACUGCAUACAGCCCAACCCACCUUCUGAAGAGCGAAGAAAUGCUGUUGCGGAUUACGUGCAGCGACUCAUCAAGAAGUGUUUCUCUUGUCAGGUGUUCACCUUUGGGUCUGUACCUCUCAAGACCUAUUUACCAGAUGGAGACAUUGACUUGACUGCCUUUAGUAAGAAUCAAAAUUUGAAGGAUACCUGGGCUAAUGAGGUUCGUGAUAUGCUUGAGAGUGAAGAGAAGAGUGAGAAUGCUGAAUUCCGUGUAAAAGAAGUUCAGUACAUUCAGGCAGAAGUGAAGUUAAUAAAAUGCCUUGUAGAAAAUAUUGUUGUAGACAUAUCUUUUAACCAGCUUGGUGGAUUAUGUACCCUUUGCUUCCUUGACGAGGUUGACCAUUUGAUAAAUGAAAAUCAUCUAUUCAAACGCAGCGUUAUAUUGAUUAAAGCUUGGUGUUACUAUGAGAGCCGCAUAUUGGGUGCUCAUCAUGGACUUAUUUCCACAUAUGCCCUUGAAACAUUGGUUCUAUACAUAUUUAAUGUCUUCAACAAUAACUUUACUGGGCCUCUUGAGGUGCUCUAUCGUUUUCUGGAGUUUUUCAGUAAUUUUGAUUGGGAUAACUUUUGUGUGAGCCUCUGGGGUCCAGUGCCUGUUAGUUCACUUCCAGAUACCGCAGCGGAACUUCCACGAAAGGAUGGUGGAGAGCUGUUGCUCAAUAAGCGUUUUCUUGAUGCUUGUAGCUCAGUGUAUGCUGUUUUCCCUAACGGCCAAGAAAGCCAGGGCCAACCCUUUGUUUCCAAACAUUUCAAUGUUAUUGAUCCUUUACGUACAAACAACAAUCUUGGACGUAGUGUCAGCAAAGGUAAUUUCUUUAGGAUUCGUAGUGCCUUUGCAUUUGGAGCUAAAAGGCUAGCCAGAUUACUUGAUUGUCCAAAAGAAAACCUGAUUGCUGAAGUCAAUCAGUUCUUUUUGAACACAUGGGACAGACAGGGAAGUGGUAACCGCCCUGACGCACCAAGUUCUGAUUUAUGGCGCUUGCGACCAUCAAACCCAGAUCGCAUGGAUGGGUCUGAGAAUCAAGGGAACUAUUCAAACAGCAAGAAGAAGAGUGAGAAUCUGACAGGUCACGAAUCUGAGGCUGAGGCCAUUAACACGUUUGAUGGAAUCUCCUCUCAACAAAGUGCCCGCCCCACGGAAGGCAUGUCUAGGACCAGUAAUGUGUCUGCAGUUUCUCAUACUCAAAGCCAAAAGAGUUAUGGUAACCUAAACAGCUCAAGAAUCUCCGAUCACAUUGCACGGAAUAUUACUGGGAGUGAGAGUGUUCAUAAUGAGAAGAGUCAGAGAAGUUCUAGAGCAGAUUAUUUGGUGAAUGAAGUGCAGGGAAGGUAUCAGUUUGCGAGGACACAUUCUAGUCCUGAGCUUACAGAUGCAUCUAUCGAAAUUUCAACACGAGGAAGGCGUAACAGGGUGCCAGAAACUGUGAAAAACCUAAUCAGUUCUGUGAGGCAGGAUAACAGUAGUAGGAGGAAGAACUUUGAUGAUGAAGGUUCAGGAAGUCAUAGUGCAAGAUCUUCAAGUGAGGAUCCAUCAUUGUUGCCGCACAGCUCAUCCCAUCAAAGCCUUGAUGCUGCUGCGGAUUCGAACAGUGUUUCAAAUAGUUACCAUGAUGAAGCUGGGUUGGGUACCAUGGGUGAGGAGCUUUCAUCUGUUGCUGAGACAAUGGAGAUGCAUCAGGAAGAGCAAGACCUUGUGAACAUGAUGGCGUCUUCCAGGGUUCAUAGUUUUAAUGCACAAGUACAGAUGCCAAUGAAUCUUUCUUCUGCUCACCUACCUCUUCCUAUUUCACCUUCUGUUCUUGCUUCAAUGGGUUAUGCUCAAAGAAAUUUGGCUGGAAUGGUUCCAACUAAUAUCCCCUUGAUUGAGCCUCCCUGGGGCCCAAAUAUGCAAUUUGCUCAUGGUCUGGUUUCUUCACAAUUAUCCCAUUAUUUCCCUAAUGUCGGCUUCACUUUUAAUCCAGAGGAGACAGUUGAAACUGGUAAUGAGAACUCAGGUUUGGCAGAAAUGAGCCAGGAGGAUGGUGAUCAUGGUUUCUGGAAUGAGCAGGAUGCAAGUUCAACCAGAGGGUUUGAUGCUGAUAGUGCAAGUUUCCAGAUGCUUCCAUCAGAUGAAAAGCAAGAGUCAACAUCUGUAGGGUUUGACUUCAUUCCUUCUUCUUGGGUUAGUAGCUCUGGCAGUGCUGUGAGACCUCAACAGAAGUUUCUCAAAGAAAACAGAGGGUUGAUAAAGGAAGAUCAUGUUGAUAGUUUCCAGUACAAACAAAACAGAGGCAGUGAGAUGUACUCCACCGACAGAAAUGCAAGUUUGAGGUUCUUACCUUCUCCACAGGAUAGUUCUUCAAGAAGUAGACAGGCUUCUGAAAGCUCUUGGGAUGCAUCAUCUGUGAAGGCCUCAAAGUCAACAAGAGAGAAGCGUGGAAGGAAACCAGUUCCCUCUGCAGUUCCAGCUACUGGUUAUGGGAAGGGAAAGAUUGGGUGGCAGAAUGAGGGUUCGUCGGUUGAUCAUGUUUCUGGUCAUUUAAAUGACGACAACAGGGAAUGGAUUCCUCUGUCAACCAUGAAUAGUGAUACUGCAGAAAGAAGUACCGGAUCAACAUCUGUGACCUCUCCGCAUGUUCGAAACCAUCAACCUGGCUAUGAAUCAGCACAAAUUAGUAAAUCAGAUUCAGUGAUGCCCAUUGCCCCAAUGCUUGUGGGUUCAGGAUCUCGACAGAGAGCUAUCGAUAAUUCAGGGAUGGUACCCUUUGCAUUUUAUCCAACAGGACCUCCGGUUCCAUUCCUCACAAUGCUUCCAGUGUACAAUUUCCCAACAGAGACAGGCAAUAGUGAUGCAUCCACAAGCCAUUUUGAUAGGGAGGACAGCCUGGAUAGCAGCCGUACAAACCAGUCUGAUCAAAACUUUGAUUCAGCUGAGAGCCUUGAUCAUUCAGAGAUCUUCAGUAGUUCUAAUUCGAUGAAGGGUGCUGAUUUUGGGGGGCCUACUGAGGAGCACAAGCCCGACAUUCUUAACAGUGACUUUGCUAGCCAUUGGCAAAAUCUGCAGUAUGGACGGUUCUGCCAGAACCCACGGUAUCAUGGACCUCUAAUUUAUCCUUCACCUGUGAUGGUGCCACCUCUGUAUUUACAAGGCCAUUUCCCAUGGGAUGGUCCUGGAAGACCUCUAUCUGCAAAUGUGAACCUUGUCUCGCAGCUCAUGAAUUAUGGCCCUCGUCUUGUUCCAGUUGCACCACUACAACCUGGCUCAAUUAGGCCUGCUGGUGUUUAUCAGCGUUAUGGUGAUGAAGUCCCUAGAUAUCGUGGUGGUACCGGGACCUAUCUGCCAAAUCCUAAGGGUUCAUUCCGGGACCGGCAAACUUCUACUACCAGAAACCACAGAGGGAAUUACAAUUAUGAUCGAAAUGACUACCAUGGGGACAGGGAAGGGAACUGGAACAUAAAUUCAAAAUCACGGGCAACUGGCCGCAGCCACGGACGCAGCCAAACUGAGAAGCCAGCCUCAAAGCCAGACCGCUUGGGAGCUAGUGAUAGUCGAGCUGACAGGACAUGGGAUUCAUACAGGCAUGACUCAUUCCCCACAUAUCAGUCCCAGAAUGGUCCGUUCAACUCCUCCAGCUCAUUGCACGGUGGCCCAAACAAUGUGGUUUAUGGCAUGUACCCCUUUCCAGCUGUGAACUCUAAUGGUGUCACACCAACUGGACCUGCAGUUCCUUCUGUUGUCAUGUUGUAUUCUUAUGAUCACAAUGUUGGUUAUGGUUCGCCUGCUGAGCAGCUUGAGUUUGGCUCCCUCGGACCUGUGCAUUUUUCUGGUGUAAAUGAUGUACCACAGCUUGGUGAAGGAGGACCAGCAAGGAAUGUAUAUGAGCAGCAAAGGUUUCAAGGAGGUUCUCCUGCACGAUCCUCACCAGAUCAGCCAUCUUCACCACAACUUCAAAGAUCGGCGACCCAGAGGAAUUAUCAAUUGAAAGAUGAGGAUUUCCCACCUUUGUCGUUUCCAAACCAGGAAGAUAAUGGUGGGAACAACUAUAAUGGCAAACCCUCACAUUAUCAGGCCUUCUUAUUCUCACCUCCUCACCCUUAAAAGGGAUUUUGGUUUUGUGCUCAAGGGUUUUCUGUAAAUUUCUCUCAUGUAAGUGAACACUCUUUCAUGCUAGCGUAGUGUUUGUAUGUACACUACAAGUCAAUUUUUAGCCUACACCUAUAUUACAUGCAUAGGAGAGGAUGGUGGAGGGGGAAAUAGGAAUAUUCUCAUAAUUCACUUCCCCUAGUUUCUAUUCUUU